AUGCCCGGCCUCAUAGGGUUCAACGGCCCCUCUGUUGGCACAUAUGAUGCCUUUAACAACUUCCUGCCUCCAAUGAGAGGAGGGCACCCCCCUGAGCUGCCCAGCUGCCUCCCUACCUACGAGUCUGUGUCUGGCCCCGGGCCUUCAUCCCAGAUCUACGAUAACAACGCCCUCCCUGAGCUGCCCUCAGUUCCCGACACGCUUCCCACUUCCUCCUUUCGAGUUGGACGAAACACUGCGAGCUCUGAUGACAUCGACUUUGAUGACCUGUCACAGCGCUUUGAGGAUCUGAAGAAGAAGACCUAAUUCUCCAGUAUCCCAUCAUGCUGUGUUGUCAGUCACCGCAGUUACAGGAUCAGGAAAUGUUUAAAUAUUUGGAUUGGCACCCUUUGCAGUGAAACUCUCCUCACUGUGUAGUUUUACCGGUGUAAACAUGGACUGUACCUCAUUCAAACACACGUGUCUGUCUGGCACACUA